AAUUUCAACACGUGUUACAGUUGUGCCUAAGCGCGAAAAACAUUGAACAUCGCUCAAUGCUUCCUACUCGUCAAAUCGCUGAUACAAAAGCUGAUACAUUUCUAAAAAGUAUCCCCUGAUACGACAACUAAAGCAUCUAGAUAUUUUGACUGAGCAUUUUGACUUGGAUAUAUGUGGUAGAGAAAAAGACUGAUAACAACUGUGUCAUAUUUCGUUUGAAACAUCGAUAAUUGGUUUGAUCUUUUUUCAAUUUGCUCUUAAAUAUUUUCUAGAUCAUAAUUAGUCGCAUUAAUGAGGACAAUGGUUAGAAGAGUUGUAUCCAGGGGUAAUAAUCAAUUAUCAUUUUCAAAUAUGUCAAGAAAUUCAAGUUCAAGUUCAAAUUCAAAUUCAUCUUCAACAAAUGCUAGUACCACCAAUCGGUAAAUAUGAACUUUUAACAUUUAUUUUGUUCGAUAAUAUUCUAUAUCACGGUAAAAAGAAAGGUCAUACAUAUUGUUAAACGCGCCUGUUACCUUUAGCAUAGAACAUUACGUGCUUUUUACUGUUUGUUUUUACAAAAAAAAAUUAUAUUUUGUAGGUAUAGCAAACCAGAAAUAGAAUGUAUUCAUGCGUGAGUAAUUAUUAAAUGACCACGUGAAUUUCUUAGUAUUCUUUAUUUCUCUAAAAUGAAAGCACAGAAAGGAUGAUUUGUGAUUAAGAGUAAUUUGUUUUUUAACAAAUUAAUACUAAUGCCCUUAAAACGUGCGAAAAAGGAUCGAAAGUAAGUUUUUAUCGGGUUUUCUUGCCCGUGUUUGAGUGAGUCAGUUCUUAUUCUAUAUGAUAAGUCAUUUAUACAGCUAAACUAAUUAUCAUUCCAUUCUGAAGAAAAGAAAAGAUUCCUAAAAAAGCUUGCUCGAUUUGACGUAACUUUUAUUUAUUCUUUUUUUUCCAGUAAUAGUGAAAAUGGUGCAAUCAGUUUUGAUCGCACACUCAACAUCUUUUCCAUACAUCGAAACUUGAGUACACCAACAAGAGAAAAUGUAAGAUCAUCUUUAAACGAAACUUCAGCAAGAUCUCCACGUAGGCCUCCAUUAUCAUCGAAAAUCUCUGAAGAUAAUCACAAUCCUUUUAUACAUCGUGUAAGUAUGUUUACCUUUCUUUAACCUGUAAAAGUAGAUUUCUUUUUAAUAAAAAAAUAAUCAAUCUAUUCGUUACUUUGUUAUUUAGAAAAAUCCAAAUGCUGUACGACAACAAUUCUAUAAAAAACUUAACACCCUUACGCCAGAAUCUGCUUUUGUUGAUAUACAACUCAAUGAUAUACCUCAUCUUCGGGAUACUGAGGCUUGGAAAAAGGUUGCUCAUCCAUCUACAAAUAGUCCUCCUCUGUCAAGACAAAUGCGUGAGACAUCCGAACAAACUUCAAAUCUUGAACAAAGUUACUUACCAUAUCGUACUCCUGGACGACCUGAUCCUUGUCCAGUUGCCCGUCGAUUACGUAAACGCAUUAUCAUCGGAUCAUCAUUAGCCAUGGUUAUACUUGCUGUUAUUGUCACCGUUGCUGUGGCCGUUACUUUAACUAAAACAUCCACUGAAACAAUCACUGAUUUAUACGAUGGAAAUUUUGUCGUACGUGCAUUAUUUUAUAAAGAAUUAGACAUACCGUCGUCAGUGUUAUAUCAAAAUUAUCAACGCGAGCUUUGUCAAUUGGUUGAUACAACGUUAACAGAUAGCAAAACUAAAUAUGCUGUGUUUUACGCUAGCUGCGUGGUUAAUGAUUUUACAAAUGGUAGUAUAGUUGCCUAUUUUACAUUGGGAUUUACACGUUAUCAAAAUGAGACGAGAUUAAACUCAUUUUUAAAUCGCACCCUUGUUGGUAAAACGUUGUUCGGCGGCGUCAUCAUUCUCGUGAAUUUUAAUUCGGAAACUACAGUGACAGACACUAAUUCACCAUCAACAUCUAAACAUACAACGAAGAUAACGACUCGAACGAAGGUGCCAGAAGAUAGUACUAAGAAAAUCGUAAAACGAAUUGUAAUGCAGGAAAAUAAUAAUUUUAUAAUUCGUAACAAUGGCAAACAGCCGUCAAUAUUGACCAUUUUGAGUUCAACAGCAUCGACAACAAUCACUACAACAAAUAUGUAUACGAAUACUCCAAAUCAAAUCUUCACCACAAUCAAUUACAUCAUUGGAAAAGCAGUAAUUUCAACUCUAGCCGCAACAACAAUAAAAACUAUCAAAGAUAGCGUUGAAACAACUGGAAAAUAUCAUUAUUUACGUCGUGCUGAUCAACAACUUUCUGAUCAUGAAAAAACGACAUUUAAAUCGAUUGUCGAAAAUUACAGAGAAUCCUGCGAUGAAAUACCAAAGCAUCAAAAAUUACUCAAUGAAUAUUCGGAAACUACACGAUUUAUAAAUCAUAUCAUAAAACGACAAGAAAUUGAAAAUAAACAAAGACAACAAACGAUGAAACGACAAAUUUUACUGAGUAGAAAUAAUUCAACGUAUUCAUUUAAAGAUCGUUCCGUGACAUCUGAUAGUUACUUUUCUCGUACAACUGCCAAAAAUCUUUUUCAGCCAAUAUUUUCCCGACAUAAACAACAACAUCCCCGCGCAUCAUAA